GCAGGUUUUAAUAAAAAGCUAGGGAACGGGUGCUCGGAAAGCAAGUCUCUUAGCAUGCCCGAGAAUUUUCGCCAGAUUAUACCCUCCUUCUAGAGAUAUCUCUGUCUACAAAUUGGAAAUGUAGUCCUAAGUGAGCUUAUGCGAUUAUCAGUUUAGUGCCUGGCAUUCUGUUUUUCUCUCCGACCUUAAGAACCGGUUAAUUCAAUCCUUUUUUUGGACGAUAUGCUCGCCAUGGAAUACCAAUCCGCUCACUCUUUGCUUGGAUGUCCUGUGGAAGUGUGCUACUCUAUCUUCUCAUACCUGUCUCGAGCCGACCUUCACGAUAUUUGCCUUGUCCAUGCAAAUUUGCGUACACUCGCUGAACCAUAUCUAUAUUCGAAUAUACAGUUCACAUGGGAGGAAGAAUUGCAGCCUCAACCAAUUACCUCACUGCUGCGCAGCCUUUUACGCCGGCCUCAAUUAGCCACCUAUGUCAGUAGAGUCUCUCUAAGCGGAUCUUAUUUCCACAAUCCCUUCUUUGAAAGCAGGGCUCCCAAAAUUCUAGUUUCUGAGAGUGAACUAGAGGAGCUCCUAGGGUUUGUAAGGAAGACUACGGUCCCAUAUCGCUGGACAUGGUUGGAAGAGCUGCGGAAUGGGACAAUGAACGCAUUUGUCGCCGUCUUACUAUCCCAACCAUUGCGCCUCACUUGCCUCGUGAUUGAUGGUGACUUUCUCUGGGAGAGUCAAUUUAUUGGCCUGGUGUUUCGGUCAAUGAUCUGUGAACCUAAUGCCUAUAACUGUGGUCUACGACUCGAUUUUAGUUAUCUCGAGACAGUAUCCCUACAAACUUCUUACGAUCAUUUCCGGUUUUACAAUAAUGCGAGGAAUACAGCAGACCUUCUUCCCAUUUUUUAUCUGCCAUCUAUCAAGCGACUUUCCGCCUCAAUUGAUAAUCCAAAAACAUUCUCGUGGCCAGCAAUACAUCCGCCUUCUUCUUCAAGACUCCAUGAUCUAAAGUUAGAAUAUCUACGGGACCCUUUUCUUGGACAGGUACUCUCGGCUACGGAUCAGCUCAAAUCUCUUCACUGGAAAUGGCACUUUUACGAGGAAGUUUAUGACGAACAGUUUCGCAUGCGCAUUAUAGACUUAACACAAAUUACUAAAUCAAUAUCCUACGUUCGAGAAACCUUGACUGAACUUGUCAUCUCGGCUACAAAUCAUGACGAUUCUGAUCCACUUCCACUGACCAUUCAAGGUUCCAUGAAGGGAAUGAGCGAAUUUAAGAAACUAACAAAGCUUUCUAUCCCGGUCACAUUCCUAAUGGGGGGGUGGUCCGCAGACCUGACCAAGAGAAUAGAGGAUUGCCUUCCUCAAAGCCUCGAGUUUUCAACUAUAACUGACGAUCUAAGCGCAAAUAACGAGUAUAGAUGGAGGGAUCACGAUUUAUAUAAUGUACUUGAACGAUGGCUGAAAACUUAUCAGGCCUCUACACCCCAGCUUUGCGAUGUAAAAUUUAUAUUCCAUCACCCGCACGAGAAUGCAGCUCUCGCUCCGGGGCUAAGUGGGCUUACCAACAAAGUGAGAGUUCGAUUUCAACGGGUUAGGUCCGGAGGUCGUGGUAGACUUGGGGGCUUUGGCCGUGGUAGAAGUACCUAGUAUAAAGGUGUCUGCCAAAGGACAGUUCUAGGUUCAUAAUAUGCAUGGUUUGGGGAACUCGGUAACCAGAAGCGGGGCGUGAAAAACCAAGCAGAUGUAACUUUAGCAUAGACACUCCUGGUGUCUAGAUCCCUGAUCUUUGGCUUUCAACUACAGUUUCUUCAUAGUUCUUCAUGUAGAACCAAGUUCAAUCAGGAUUUUCAACAAAGCAAAUCCUCUGGAGUUUGCACUAAUCCUGCUCUUGAAUUUAUCACUACGAUUUACAUACAUCAGAGUAUUAUACGUAGGGGCGGCACCUGUACCCCCUAGUCCUGUAUUUUUCAGGAGAAAGUCAUCCACAGAAUUCAAAAGUUUCUGAUUGACCCACACAGUUGGAUCUGAUCCUUCCUGGACACCCCCCCCAGCAAGAUUAUCCAAGGAAUAAGGCUGUGCAGGAAUAUUCG